AUGCACUGCCUACGGAGAGAAUCCAACAUUUGCCAGCUGCCCUAUCAUUGCGGGUGUCUACGUGCUCCUCGGUGUCGUCAACCGACGUAUUGUACGGGCAAUUUCCAUCCCGUACCACCGGGGGGCGCGUCUUUCUUCACCACCGGAGGCCAAUCUAAAUCAGGCUACGUUUUUGGCCAAGAUAGGCAGGUGGACAUCACCGACAGGUAUGACAUGACAAUGUUAGAUCAGCAUAUGGAGGGUGUACCCAAUGUUUACACAACUGACGACCUCAAAGUAGACUGCUGUGUCCUUACACAAAACAGUCGUUAUGUCGUGACGGGAUCCGCCAAUGGCCCACCGCAAGUUUGGGACAUGCAGACUGGUGAGCCCUUCAAGGUCAUGAAUGGUGAUGAAUUGGGUUGCAAUGACCUUCAUCUAGCUGUCCAAGACACGCUUCUUGUCGGCCAGGUCAUCGAAGAUUUUCAGUCGGCUGACAGCACCAAGAUGCAUCGUCUUCAGUUAUGGAACUUCGUGACUGGUGAGCAACUUGAGAUGCCCGCUGAGAUCCUCUGCUCGGCUAGCUGUGUCUCUAACGCCGGAGAGCACAUUGUAGCCGCGAGAGCUACCCCUCAAGGUCAGUCAAUCCUAGUUUGGGAUCUCAGGGGUAACCAGCUGACGCGAGAGGUACCUUACGCGCUAAUUAAUCCUAAUGCAAGGGUCUCUUAUAUCAACAUUACACUUGAGGAUCGGCUGAUUGUGGCCGGAUUCAACAACCCUGGUACUGAUCAGGCCUGUUUCAUGGUCUUCGAUUUGGCUGCCGAAGCACGUGGCGUGGUGCAGCCUAAGUAUAUUACCUUCGAGGCGAAGGUGGAGGCGACGGAAAUCCUGAACAACGAGGAGGCGGUGACGGGUACCCGCAAGGGCGAGUUGAUAGUGUGGAACCUCUUGACCACCACACCGGUGCGUCAGAUUACUAUCAACGCAACGCUGGAAGGCGACAGCGCAAUGACCGUCUUUCCACCCCACGACGGCAUGAUUCACGACAUUGUACUCUCCGAAGAUCGCCGCUUUCUCGUCACUGCCUCGCAAGACCGCCGCAUCCGCGUGUGGACUAUGCCUGAGGAGCGUCUUCUUCACACCCUUGAAGGCCAUGCUGACGAUGUUUUGAGCGUAGUGGUGUCGUGCGACAGCGAGAUGGUUGUUUCAGGCAGUUGGGAUGGUUCGAUUCGCGUUUGGCGAAUGAAGGAUGGCUCGCAGAUGUGCAUCUUCACCUCCAACAUAGAGGUGCUGCAGGUGAAGCUCUCGCGCGACAAACGUGCCAUCGUGGGCCUGGGGGAGCGGAAUGGCCAUCGCAAACUUAUCAUGAUGCAGAUUGUGCGCUCACGAACCUGUGCUCCAGCCGUCUACACUCGGUUGGGCUCGUCUAGCGGCGGCGGUGGCGGAGGUCUCUCGCCCGCUUCGCCUCAGGCGCCCCUCCAGGAGGAUCUGCUCCCCUAA